UGUGUGUGUGUGUGUCCUUCUAAGACUGAAAUUCAAAAUCUACACACAUUUAACAGUAUGAUAUUGACUUAAGUCAGUUGAGUGUGUCUUUUUAACGCUAUACCAAUUGUUAUGCUAAAUGUAUAAGGAUGUGUAUUAUUUAUUAGUAUUUUGUGUAUUUGUUGAAAUACAUCUUGUAUCUUUCCAAUGUCAGAUAUGAGCUGGCAAUUUGCAGACUGCUUCCUAGUCAUUUACAGCAAGAAGCAGAGAAAUCUAAAUUCAAAGAAUAGUGUGAAUCAUGAUCAUAAAUCCAAAAGUUCAAGACAUAGAAAAUGAUGUGGCGUAACAGCUUUGUCUCUUCAGAGUUUUUCAUAUUGAGAAACACUGGACCAGACUCGCUACGUGUUUGUUCCGGUGAAAUGUUUGCAGCAGUAAUUUUUUUUAAAAAAAGUCAAAAAACGUUUUAACUAGCAAGAGAAAAAAAUGAAAGGGGUUUGUGCAGCAGGUGCUUUUAAAUGAAUCUAGCUUCCUUUGAAAAUUGGUAUUCCAAUGCAGGGGGUUUGAGUGAUGUCAUAAAGGUCAUUCAUCCAUUAUCCAUUGAGAUGGGCUCUGCUGUGGUUACAGGUCUCAUAGAUUCUGCCUGGUUGGCUAAGCCUUCUAACAGUAUAGUGAGACUGUUCAUUUAGAGUCCUUUUAAGAUUUUUGUAAUACUUUUCCUUUUAGGAAACAAAUGUUUUAUACCCGUAAGACAAAAGAUGAGAAUAAAAGACACACAGGUUCAAAUUCACUAGUGUCUGCUUUUAAAAAGCCAUACUGGGAUUAUUAUUAUUAUUAUUAUUAUUAUUUGUUUUUUUGUUUUUACCCACUUAGUUUUUUAUUUUUCUUUUAGCACAACUUUUACCAAAAAGCAUAAGGAUGUUCCAUUUUUCAAUCCCGUUUGUUUUCGUGUAUGGUUUGGAUCUCUUUGUGAAAGGAAAGUAAACCUGCCUGUAUUACAAAACCAGUGUAACAUUGCACAGCUUAGACCAGACCCAUGGCUUGUAAUAAACUCUAAAGUAGCAGUUCACACACAUUAAAACAAGAUCGCGUGAACAGCAUAUGCUGCUCUCAUGUGCAGUGUUUAUAUGAUGUGUGCGUGUGAGAUAACUAUUAUAAAUAUAUAUAUAUAUACGGCACUGAAAUGCUUCAGCUAUACUUUGUAAAAAAUAUUUUUAAUAAAACCAAACUGUUUCAGACUUUGCUAACACAGUGACUGUCUUAUUCGAUAAGGUACACAGAAAAGGAUCAUUGUUAACUUACCCACUACAGCUACCUAGUGGCCACAUUUUGUAAUUGUGUCUCGCCAAGAGUUUCAAGCCUGUGAGCUCCAGUACCAACCUACGCAGAGAUUAAUACAGUAGAACUACUAGUAGUGUUGUCCAAGCAAGUGAACAAUGAGUUGAGAAGAGGUUCUGGGAGGCAGUGUUAACGCGUGGUUAGAACUGGACUAGUGGUUAGAGCUGCUGGACUGGGAAGCAAAGUGCUCCAGUGGGUUGAGCUGACAGACUCAGGUGAUCCUCAGCUUAUCUUGACCUGCAACAGUCAGAUUUUUGUUCUCUCAAUCCCUCCCCUUCAGCCGAUACCCAGGCACCUGUUCCUUUUGCUUCAGUUGAAACAGCCCUCCAGGUACGCCUGUUUGCUUAGCGAAGGCGAGGGAAGAAAGACAUGUUAUCUUGAUCAGUCAGGAAAAACACAGCAGAGAGCAGAGACCUGGCAGAAUGGCGCCCACUCUUAAUGGCCUGCUGGCCGUCUGGAUAGUCUCUCUAAAUAUCGAUGUUGCCUUCUCUAUGGACGUCACUGUGCCAACAGAUCCAGUUUAUGGAAACGUAGGUUCGUCUGUGGAUCUGCCAUGUAAAUACAGCACCAGCACCAUCGAAAAAGGAUUUAAUGUGGAGUGGCGCUUUGCAGCCCCCGGAACUCUUCCGAUCAACGCACAGAGGAUGCUUUACUUUGACGGGCAGCUGUACCAGAUCAACUCGCUGAGGGGCAGGAUGCAGCUGCUCCAGGACCCUCCCACUGGAGGAAUCGCCUCGGCCAGGAUCACUGAUCUGCAGCCCUCGGACUCGGGAGAGUAUAUCUGUGACAUCAUCAACCCAGGAGACUGGAGUGGAACAGGGCAGGGGGUCAUCAGCCUGACCGUGCUCAUGGCCCCCUCCACCCCAGAAUGCCUAGUGACAGGGAACACCCUAGUCGGUAAUGACGUGACUCUCAGCUGCCAUUCCUCACAGGGAGUCCCCCAGCCCAUCUACACCUGGACCAGAGAGAAGACUGCAGCGCAGAUACCUGUGCCAGAGGCCAACAUGGUGCAAGACCAGCUGUCCGGAACGCUGCUGCUGCGGAAUCUAUCCUACGCCUUCAACGGAGUAUACCAGUGCCGGGCCACCAACGAGAUAGGAGCUGCCAGCUGCACAGUCAGCAUCAGAGUGUCUACUAGCAAUGCAGGGGUGGUGGCGGGGGCGGUGAUGGGGGCCCUUCUGUUUCUCCUCCUCCUGGCUGGGGUGGCAGGAUACUUCUUCUGGUACAGGAAGAAUCACCCCAAAACACCCACAGUUGGAAGCGAAAUACGGGUGGAUGCCAUGGCCCCUUCCUUUAAGAACCCCAGUCAUGACUAUGAAGAGAACCAGUCCCACCUCCUGAGCCGCUCCCUCGACAGACAUGAGACUGCCAGCCACACCAGCCACGCCAGCCAUGCCAGCCACACCAGCUCACAGUUCAAUGUUGUGGUGUGACCUCCAGCAUCAUCAGAUGCAGCCCCGUCACAAUCUGCAUCCGGCAGCUUCCUAUUUCACAUGCCUGUCAGAAAAUGCAUUCAUUGCCAUUGAAUAGCAGGCUGUGUCUCUGUUGCGUGACUAAGCUGCAGACAGUCAAUUCUUGUACGUUUGUUUGAAAUCACAAAUGUGUUUUUUAUUAGUUGUUUCCUGCUGUCAGUUAGUCCUGAACCACUGAAUUGGUGAUAUUUUCUGCUCAAUCUCAUUCAACACGAUUCACUGCGAUGCACUGUGACGUUUUCACUGGGUGUGGGCUGGUACUCAUCCAAUCAAGAUCUGUGACUUCCACACUUAGGGUUUUAAACACCCCGGGUUCCACUGGCCUCAGUCCUGGACCUCCGCUUACAGGAGCUGCUUGUGUUUGGUUAAUUCAUGAGUGUAUGCAUCAGGUUACGCGAGCCAAACCUUUUUGAAUGUGAAUAUUCUCUAUCUAAGCAUAUUUUUACAAAUGGGUGCAAAUAUUCCAAUUGAAUCAAUACACCAUGCAGUAUUCAACUGUAUUAGCUCUCUAUCCAAGGAGAAUCAGGACUCAACUGAAUACUCAUCAAUCAAUAUAUAUACUUAACACAGAAUAAAAGCA